AUGGAUGGUUCCAUGCCUCCGUCCUCGUCCAUCUCGGCUGCUUCGUCCUCUUCCUCGUCAGCCGUCUUUCGUCCCCGCAGAUCCGAUGACUGGCACGAGUAUCGUUCCAGAAUCGAGCAACUCUAUCGCAAUCAUCAUCUGAAGCUUCGAGAAGUUAAGAAAAUCAUGGAGCGUGAACAUAACUUUGUUGCAUCAGAAAAACAGUACAAAGAUCGUCUCGCAGCAUGGCAUGUCCGCAAAAACAUCAAAGCCAAAGAAGUCCAGUUCAUGAUCCGGAAGCAGCAGAAACGAGCCGCCCAGGGCAAGCAGACGGCCUUUCGGGUGGCCGGUCAGCCCGUCGAAACCAAGCGCAUAUCUCGCUUCAUUCGGCGAUAUGGGCCUACUCUGGACAAUCACCCCCAUGAGAUCGCCUCUCACACCACUCCAGAACCAGAUACGCCGUCCGAUAUGAGUUGCUAUACUCCCGAACCUGAAGAGCGGGCUGUUGCCCUGACUCCUAUGCCAGAGAUGCAUUCAAACCCCCACGAUAAUGAAAAGCUCGAAGCUCUCCCAGACUCUGAGCUCGAAGAUGUCAACUCCCUCCCUGCUACCCUAAGUCCCCCCAUGCCGGCGGAGAAUCCAAAGCCCGCCGAGGAAAUUGUUCUAAGCAAUACCUGGGAUGAUCUUGCUUCCUAUCAGGCACGCCUUAACGACCUCCAACAAAACCUUGAUGCGUCCUUGUCCGACUACAUUACGCCCCAGGAUGAUUGA